AUGGGCCCCCCAGAAAAUCGGCGUAACCAGGCUGACCCCAAAAAUACAUGUCAAGUACCUAGGCACAGUACUGGACUGCAAGCUGGCAUGGAGACCCAAUGUAGUGGAAAGGGUGAAAAGGCCACUAUUGCGCUAUAUACAUCCAAGAAUAUGCUUAGCAGCACAUGGGGCCUGUCACCUGCUCUGAUGCACUGGAUCUACAUCUCGGUGGUGCGUCCGACUCUGCUGUAUGGAGCUUUAGUGUGGUGGCAAGCCACUGAAAAGACGACGUACACCGAGCUUAUGGAGAGAAUUCAGCGGCAGGCAUUGGUCUGCAUAAUGGGGGCGCUGAAGUCAACCCCAACUAAAGCUCUAGAAACGAUCCUCGGAGUCGACCCCAUAGACAUCCACGCACAACUGACUGCAGGAAAGGCAGCACAACGUCUAUUUGCUUCAGGUAACAUGACGGCGCAAAGCUUCGUGCAUAGUUCAAUCGGCAGAAGCAUGAUCAACAAAACGGACCAUAUGACCCCCAGAACGUGCCCGGAGCUUAAAACAAUCUCGGUUAUGGGCCCAGAUGACUGGAAAACGGGUCGGGACCAGACUCAACACCUCAAUAUAUACACGGACGGCUCCAAGAUGGAAGGAGGAGUAGGAGCGGGCUUAUACUGUACGGACCCUAAAAUAAGGCUGUCCUUUAAGCUACCCAAUGACUGCAGCAUAUUCCAGGCGGAAGUCUUCGCCAUAAGGAAAGCUGCUGAAGUGGCUCAAAAAUUUAAACCGACCACACGAUGUGGACAACUUGUUCGUGGACAGCCAAGCGGCGAUAAGAUCCAUGCAGUCGUCAACAUGCGGAUCUAUUGGGUUUCCAGUCACCAGGGCAUCGAUGGCAACGAGACAGCUGACAUUCUUGCGAAGGAGGGCGUUGAGCUAGCAGACGACAGAACGGAGAACGUGCCCGUUUCCAUCCGAACGCUCCAAAGCGCCCUGGAGAAACAGGCGGACACGCGAGCAAAAAGCAGGUGGAGGAAUACCAGGACCUGCCGAAUCUCAAGAACUAUGUGCAAAAAGCGCAACGACAAACACAGCCAGUAUGAAUUGCGUCUACCACGGAAAGACUGCAGACUGUUAGUGGGAAUCCUUACAGGCCGCGCAACCACGCAACCACACUCGGAAUACUCAACAGCCGCGCCUGCAGGAAAUGUGAUGAAUCGGGGGCUAUCGAAACCCUGGAACAUCUUAUCUGCAACUGCACGGCUCUCUCAAGAGCGAGAAGAAGAUACCUCGGUGCCCCAGUACUGGCAUCACUAG